GAUGCGCCAAGCCUCACUACCGCAUCGGCGAUUUUGCAUCAGAGCCGCCGUACUUCAAAUACCCUCUUCCGCUCCACUAGAUGACAUCCAAAUUGAUUAUUCCAGUCUUCCGCCGCUACAACAAAGCGACCCUCUCUAAAGAUAAAGCCAUACUCUAUUCUAAGCUCCUAGACGACACUGCUGCCCAGACUCUAAACGCUAGAGACAUAAGAGGCCAUAGACACUUCAAUUUUCACGGAGAGAUGCCAGCAAUGCUGCCAAUGGUAUGUUUAUGGGACGCUCCCGAUUCGGUGCGUGACUAUAUAGAUAAUGCGUCACGACCCUCGGUUUGCGACAUUCCGCCAGGCCUACCUCAACGACAUUGCCCACUUCCACCUUCAGAACGCAUUGUUAGGGGAAGAGAAGCAGAGCCAGCUAUUCCGGCUGCUCGUCCAAAGUCUCACCCGCGAUCCCCAAGCGAUUACCAACAUAGUGCCAAAGGACAUGUGGCAAAUCUACCGCCAGGCCUAGAUACUGUCAAGCUAAUAGAGCGGCGCGCAGAACUCAAGCACGGAAACUACCAAGUCGAUAGCCACCUGGACAGAGAAGAUAUCCAUAAGUUCACCGAAGAGAUUCGCAAGAAGAAUGCGCAGCGUGCGCAGCGGACCGUACAACAAUACCAUAAGCACUAUUUUUAUAACCGUCCCACCUAGGACAUCAAACGACAGAUUCAGGGGGAGCGAGUACGAAGAGCUGGCCGUCAAGCUCUCCGUUCCCGUACGAGCAAGAUUGGCGGAGCUUUU